GCCAGCUAACAAGCAACUGCCCUUCGACAACCCAUAAAUAUCAGACCUGGCAAUCUCCCUUUCGCACUGCGAUGAAGAGCAUUUUCAUGGACCGCUGUCCUUGAAAUGGAGCCCGAUGGAAGACAUUCCGACGAAAAAAACGAAAAGGAAAAGUUGGAAGCAAGCUCACGGACCUCGUCACCAUCUCUGGAGCAUGAGAGUCGCAAUGCGAAAGCUGCGAAGAUCCUAGAAGCGUGCAAAGAAAGAGAUAUAGAAACACUGAGGAGGCUGGCCAUUUCUGAAGGCGGCUUGGUCUCGGACGAGGUUCGACGUCAGGCAUGGCCGCUUCUCCUUGGUUAUGCAAGCCACGAUGCCGAUGUGAAGGAAGAAAUCGAGGAUGCCGACAGCUGGAAAAAGUUGCCGCAGCAUCGCGAUGAGGACCAGGUGCGGUUGGAUGUUGACAGGUCCUUUAUAUACUAUCCAAGCGACCAAUCUCCCAAAGAUCUCGAUCGUCGAAAAGCAGAGCUCUCCGACCUUAUAACAGAGGUACUACGCCGGCAACCAUAUCUAUCAUACUUUCAAGGCUAUCAUGAUAUCUGCCAGGUGUUUCUCUUGGUUCUAGAGCCACGUAGCCGUGCACCUGCUGUAGCACGACUAUCAGCCUUGCGUAUAAGAGAUUUUAUGCUACCUACGUUCGCGCAAGCUUUGGCUCAACUACACCUGAUACCGUCGAUUAUACACGCGGUUCAUCCAAAGUUAUGGGCACAUCUAUCAGCAACACAGCCCUUUUUCGCAUUAUCAGGGACAUUAACAAUGUACGCACAUGAUAUCCAAGAGUAUGGAGAUAUAGCACGACUAUUUGAUGUUCUGCUAGCACGUGAGGCUGUCUUCUCUGCAUACAUGUUUGCGCAGAUUGUCCUUCAGCGCUCAGAUGAGCUAUUCGAAACCCCUGCAGAUGAGCCGGAAAUGCUCCAUUCGAUCCUAUCUAAGCUGCCGAAGCCUUUGGAUAUCGAGACUUUGAUCACGAAUACAAUGAAACUAUUCGAAAAGCAGCCACCUGAAUCAUUAAGAACGUGGCGCUCUAUAUCACGAUCCAGUGUGCUGAAGACUGCUCGGUGGCAUGAUCAGACGAUGAAACAAUCAUUGAAUGAUGGGGAAACGUUCUUCAAGAAGCAAGUAAAGGAAAUAGAAUGGGCGGAUCGGCGCGAAAGAGGUAUGAAGUUGGCCUGGAAAUAUAGAAAGCCUGCCCGAGCGAUCGGAAUUGCUGUAUUUGUAGGAGUCCUAUCAUUUUGGCUGCGAAAGUCGGGGCCGUCUGGAGUACUUUUGGGGGCGUUUUGGAGACAGUGGGUGGGCUACCAAGGACAUUGAAUACACUAACUCAGCUCAUGUGUAUAUAGUAUUUAGCAGAUAAAUUCAUUCUAUCAACGUACUUAUACAACCUAUUCCGUGGACCGUCAUGCCGAAUCUCCAAACGCCUUUUUUAGUACCUCGAAAUGCUCUUGCUGCUCUAUUGCUAGCUUGCCUUCAAGGUCCCCAAUAAUUGUGAGGAUCAACGAAUAAUUGUUGUAAAGAAACCUCUCUCUUUUCCUCGCAUCUCCGAU